AUCAUCAUCACAUCAUCAUUCAACAUCAAUCAUCAUCAUAUGCAUACACAUACAUCUGUGUUCUUCGGAUCGAGUUAAUUAGUUAUGGCUUCUUCGAAUAGACACUGGCCAAGCAUGUUCAAGUCCAAACCUCAUCCCCAUCAAUGGCAACAUGACAUCAACUCUCCUCUCUUGCCUUCUGCUUCUCACCGAUCUUCUCCCUUCUCUUCAGGAUGUGAAGUGGAGAGGAGUCCAGAGCCAAAACCAAGAUGGAAUCCAAAACCAGAGCAGAUUCGGAUUCUUGAAGCAAUCUUUAACUCAGGGAUGGUGAAUCCUCCGAGAGAGGAGAUCAGGAGGAUUAGGGCUCAGCUUCAAGAAUACGGCCAAGUCGGUGACGCUAACGUCUUCUAUUGGUUCCAAAACCAAUCGGCGUUUCUCUUUCCGGUUUCCACAGUUGGAGGGUUUGAAGGUAACACCGUCUCAUCCCAAUUAGGGUUUCUCUCCGGUGACAUGAUCGAGCAACAAAAACCGGCUCCAACGUGUACCGGACUCCUGCUGAGUGAGAUCAUGAACGGUAGUGUGAGUUAUGGAACUCAUCAUCAACAACACUUGAGUGAGAAAGAAGUUGAAGAAAUGAGGAUGAAGAUGUUGCAACAGCCACAGCCUCAGAUUUGUUACGCUACUACUAAUCAACAAAUAGCCUCUUACAACAACAACAAUCACAUCAUGCUUCAUAUUCCUCCCACUACAUCUACUACUACCACUAUUACUACUUCGCAUUCUCUCGCUACCGUCCCAUCAACUUCGGACCAGCUUCAAGUUCAAGCAGCGGGUGCGAGAAUAAGGGUUUUUAUCAAUGAAAUGGAGCUUGAAGUGAGCUCGGGACCGUUCAAUGUGAGGGAUGCAUUUGGGGAAGAGGUCGUUCUCAUUAAUUCCGCGGGUCAGCCCAUUGUCACCGAUGAAUAUGGCGUCGCUCUUCACCCACUUCAACACGGAGCCUCAUACUAUCUGGUUUUGUCUCCUCUCUAUUUUCCUUUGUUAUACUGAUUAAGGUUUACAUUCACUUCACUAUAGCUAGAUACUACUCUAUCGGUUAAAUAAACUAUAGUAAAAUGAAUAGUUGUUU